AUGGAUAUGGAAGAGAAGGAUUACAUUCCUUCAGACGAGCUCUACGCUAAUUAUAAAGCUCUUUCGUGGAAGUAUAUCAUUGAUAAUGCCCAGGAAAGAGAAGAGCAAGUAAUCAAAUUUCAUGAAUCAUUUCCUGACUAUGGGCCAACUCCUUUGAAGGAGAUUCCGAAUGCUGCCUCUUUCGGUGUAGGCAGAAUAUUUGUUAAAGAAGAAUCAUAUAGAUUUGGCUUGCCGUCGUUCAAAAUUUUAGGGGCGUCUUGGGCAAUCUACUCAUGUCUAGCUAAAGAGUUUAAUCUUUCACUCGACACAACCUUUUCCAAAUUAAUCGAAACGAUGGAGAAUUUAUCUUUAGACAGACGUUUCGUUUUUGUUUGUGCAACCGAUGGUAAUCACGGUAGAGCGGUUGCAAAAAUAGCAACCAUGUUAGGUGCCAGAUCUCAAGUCUAUGUUCCAGGCUCUGUUCCUAUGGCCGAGUGCAAAAAAAUUGAAAGCGAGGGAAAUGUCUGUUUAAUCCAAAUACCAGGCGACUACGAUGAUGCUGUUGCCAUGGCUGCAAAAUUUUGCAAAGAGGAACCAAACAGUUUUCUAAUUCAAGAUGUUUCUUUUGAAAACUAUACUGAGAUUCCUCAGGCAAUCUGUGAUGGAUAUAAUACAGUCCUUAAUGAAAUAGAUCAGCAGGUGUAUUCAAAAUGUGGUCUGAAACCCUCUCUUGUGAUCUGUGGGGCUGGUGUAGGAUCCUUCGCUCAAUCAGUCGUAGCGCACUAUCGGUCUGAAUUUAGAGAGAACUUCGAAACAAAAGUAAUGAUUGCUGAACCCAAAUUUUCACACACUUGCAAUAAAUCCCUCACACUUGGCUAUCCUGCUCGUUCAAAUUUUGAAUCAGGUCCGCCAACUAUUAUGGAUGGUUUAAAUUGCCCUUCCAUAUCUUCAAUUUCCUUCCCUAUAUUGAAAAAUGGUUUGAGUUUCUCCCUGUUAAUCGACGAUGGUGAAUGCCAUAAUCUGAUUUGUGAAUUGAAAAAGUUUAACGUCAGUUCCGGUCCUUGUGGGGCUGCUCCUUAUGCAAGUUUCAAGAAGCAUUUUUCAGAACUUAUUUCUCGGGGUGAUCUUACCGAUACAGAUGUUGUCGUAUUGAUAUCCACUGAGAAAGAAAGAGGAUACGCAUUUCCUCUUUUGUAA